ACGGAUAAGUUAGUAAGUAAUUUCUUCCCUCCUAAUUUAAGCUCUAGAAUGAUAUGUUCAUGAGUCAUCAUCUCAUCUUAUAUGAGUCAUGACCGCAUGCCAUAUAUGGCUGCCUCGAUACUCGAUCGCUAGCUCAUCUGCCGCAGUGCAAGCCGUGGUGUUCAUCCGUCGUCAGACCUGUUACCAGAUCUGGACUUCCCUGAGAUAUUGAUUACUACUCUUGUCGUCCGGGACCGAUUGAGUUCAUCAGACACCAUGUUUCGUCCGGAAAUUCUGCGGUUGAGCGUGGAAAUGACGGGUUUGUCGAAUUCCGCGGACUCUGCUCCGGCUUCACCCAACAGUACAUGGAACUGAACCGCCGAUGAUGAGGACGAACGGCGGGGAGCAGAUGGGUGGCAGUGAGGCGGCGCACAUUCGCAUCGACGAAAUCAUCCGACGUCUCGACGCCGCGGAGAAAGAAGCACAAGCACAAGUCGUGGAGGCAAGGCGCGAGAUCUUCCGCGUCCCGGGGAGGCAUCGGCUGGCCGACGAGGACGCUUACCAGCCGAGCUUGUUCUCGGUUGGGCCUUACCACCGCCACGGCACGGAGGAGAUGGGCAGGAACGAGCUCACCAAGGUUCGGUUGAUGAAGCUCCAACUCGGCGCCGACGCCGAUCAGGCGGCGUCGCUGCAGAGAGAGUGCCUGCUGUCCAUGGCGUCGCUGGAGCAGGAGGCGAGGCGCUGCUACGACGGCGAUGUCGCCAUGGAUUCGGGGGAAUUCUGCAUGAUGCUGCUGGUGGACGGGGCCUUCCUGAUCGCGAUGCUCACCGCGUUUGGCAUCCAGGAACAGGAUGACGCGCCUGCUAAUAAAGAAGAAGAAGAGGAUUCUGGACCGGGCACUGGCAGCAGGACGCAGAAGAGGGUGCUCGUCGACGGGUUUCUCGACUUGGUGCUGCUGGAGAAUCAGAUCCCGUUCUUCGUUGUGCACAGCAUCUUCGGCUUGCUCGUCGAUCAUGCUGGUACAACUCUAGCCAAAACGGCCUGGAAUGCGGUGAGGAACUUCAUGCAACACAUCCCAACGGCUUCCAACGCCGACGACGUCAAGGAGGACUGCAAGCAUCUGGUCGACCUGUGCCACACCUACCUGAGGCCAGCCGGGUGGCAGCAGGCAGCGGCGGCGGGUGGUGGUCACAUCCAGCGGUUCAGGACGGCGACGGAGUACAGUGAAUCGGGCGUCCGGUUCAGGGUCAGGUCAGAUUCAGAGCCUGCCCCUCGUUUCGGGCUCCUCGACGUGGACUUCUCGUGGGGCGUGGUGACCAUGUCGCGCCACGUGAUCGACGAGAAGAUGAGCUGCGUGUUCCGCAACGUGCUGGCGUUCGAGCAGGACAGCGGCGCCGGCGUGGAGCGCGACGCGUACGUGACGGCGUACGUGGUGUUCAUGUCGCAGCUGCUGGGGAGCGCUGGGGACGUGGCGGUGCUGUCCCGGUCGGGCGUCAUGGAGCACUCGCUCGGGAACGACGGCGACGCGUGCGCCCUGUUCCGGGGGCUCGCGAGGGGCCUCGCCUUCGACACCGACGGCGAUCACUACCUGCGAGGGGUGGGGCUGGAGCUCAACAGGCACCACGGACGCCGCCUCAACCGCUGGCUCGCGUGGGUGGCGCGCCGCCACUUCGACAACCCGUGGCUCAUAUUGGCCUGGCUCGCCGCCGCCGUCCUCCUCCUCUGCACGCUCGUGCAGACGGUGUUCGCGGUGAUGUCCUACAGGCCAAGUGCAAAACUCAACUCCUAGCUAGUUAGCUAUACUCUAACCGGCCCUGUCGGUCCGUCCUGUGAUUCAAUUUGCUGGGCAAUUAAUUACUGCUUGCGUUUUGUUAUAUAUGUUCUUGUUGUCUCCAAUUUCAUAAUUGAUCUUAGCCUAACACGAUCACCUUCUUGCUUA